AUAAUAUUUAAUAAAGGUUUUUACCAUAGAAUAAUAUAGGAAAUACUAAUGUAAAGUACUGACUGAGUCUUGACGUGACGGUAAGCAUAGCGUGUGUCACAGUCAAAACUGUCACUAUAUCUUUUUGUUAUUAAAUCGAGUCGUCGUAAGUAGCGGACGUUACAGUUUUCGCGAUUUUUUUUAUCCCGUGCUGAAAUAAACAGUGGCGAAUCUAGGCCAUGGCGACAUAUAUUCUAUUUUAUUCUCUGCCCCUACGUACUUGGUGAAAUAACUGCCAAGUGUUAACACAGAAAUCGUGCUCAAAAUGGAAAUUGUGAACAUUGAGGACGGUCAAGCCGACCAAGUAGCGGUAAUACGAAAGAAAAGUAUUUGGGCGAAAAUAAAUAACAGAACAACAUACAGUUAUUUAGUCAACAUUAUAAUUUCAAUAAUUUUGUUGACGUCUUUGGUGUUAGUCUUAUAUUUCUUUAAAGAAUAUUUAAAAACGAUUUUAUAUUGGGUUGAUGCUCAAGACCCAAGGAUUGUGUUCUUAUUGUUUAUGGGAUUAUUUUUAAUUGUUAGUUUUCCAGUGACUAUUGGCUAUUUAGUGCUCAUAAUAACUAGUGGAUAUUUAUUCGGUAUUCCGAAGGGUUUGUGUACCGUAGUAGUAAGCGCGAACUUCGGCGUUGCUGUAGCCCAUUUUACCUUGAAGAUGUUAAGAGGAUAUUUGCCUUUGGACCGGCUGUUGAAGUCAGAUACUGCAAGAGCCCUCCUCAAAGUUAUUGCAGGACCUCAGGCUUUCAAGAUAGUUUUUUUUGCCAGAUUAACGCCAAUACCAUUUGGUUUACAGAACACAAUAUUUGCUGUAAGCGACGUUCGUGGUUGUGGCUACCAUUGGGCUACAUUGCUGGGUUUGUUACCAGCGCAGGCCAUCAACGUAUACCUGGGUUCAACGCUACGGUCAAUGCAUGAUGUGCUACACGAGUCACACGUUACUGGAUACGUGGUCUUUGCAUUUCAGAUCCUCAUUGGAAUCACAUUAAUGGUGUGGGUGGUGCAGAAGGCUCGCAAGGAGCUGACGAUAGCCAUAAUGGCGGCUGAACUUGGGCGUGACACCCUAUCAACAAGCAGUUCAUCCAGCUAGCCCACGGCCCACACCUCGGGGCCAGAGAGCGCCGGUAGUAGCUAGGAGUGCGCCCCCGGGUGCUUGGCCCCGGGAGACACUUACGUGUGAACUGUGAUAUUAUGCUUAUGUCAGUGUUGGGAUCUCUUUGUGACGGUUACAAAUUAUCAUAAAGGUAUUAACAUUUUGACAAUUGUAAAUAUGUAAACUCGUAAUUGUAAGAUUCUGUCUUUGUCUAUCGAAUUUGUCUCACGGGUAAUAUUUGUGAAGUUUCACAAUAAUGUAAAAUAACUAGUGUAUACUCGUUAAAUACUAUGUUAAUAAUACGAAAGAUACCGCGGGCUGAGGGUUGGACACAGUCUUCAAUGUAUGUGUGAGCAUUUUCGCCAAUCUAUGAGGUAUAUGUGAUAUCUACGAAGAAAUGUCUUCACAACAAAUCUAAAUGAUAUUUUAUUAAACGGUAUUAAAUUGUGCUAACCUCGGUAUUGCCCUUUAUAUUGACAUUUGCUCAGAUAAAGUCAGUGUUUCUAUUAGUAUUUAUGGAAUGUCUCGCGUAGAAAGUUUGAUACUUGCUAGGUCAUUAUAUCGUGCUAGAGUUUUGUCUUGUUAUGAUAUGAAUAAGUUACACUUUGUAUGAUCCAAUUACGCUUUGGUUGUAUUCUAAAUAUUAAUGUAAAAAAAUCAAUUUAGAACUUUGCACGUUAUUGUCAUACAAUGUUCCUAUUUCCGUUUUAAUUUCAACUAAAAUUGCGUCACCGAACUAUUGAAUUAUUGUGGUUUAUUGUCGCUGUAAGAUAAUAUUGUACUCUGAUGUUAUAAAGAGGCUUGAUUGUUCGUUUGUUAUGGGCGCUAAAACACAUGGACCGAUUUGAAAAAAACUUUACACUCUCUCUGACAAACAUAGUAGCAUAUUUUCUAAAAAGUUUGGGAUUCGUAUGAAAACUUCGAUAAUAGAACAUAAGGUGUGAAAAGAUUACCUAUAUCGUGUACGCUGUGGAAACUAUUGACAAUAGAGUAAAGUGAUAUAAUACAGUUUUAAACGAAACAUCUAUAUCUAUGAAACAGUUUGCGAUACCAGGUCUAUUACAUAUUUAAUAAAAUAAAUAUCCAGCCCUUUGAAUCUAUGAAAUUAGGUAAAAACUCCUGUUUCAGGCUAUCGACAUAACUGUCGACUGUUUACAAGCCCUAACUGUGUUGUUCGUGGAAUUAAAUGCUUUUGGUGAAGGUUUGUGUUAGCUAUACGUUCGCUAAUUUGACCUCAACACGCUUAUAAAAUAUCGUAAACUCAUGAAGACUCGACUAAAUGGUGAGUCCCCUAACCAAAUUGUAUGCUAAUUAUACUGGUGUAGGAAAAUACUCGAGCAUUUUUGGCAGAUUUGUUCGAGAAGGGUACGAAGCAAUUUCCAAGUAUGUCGAAUGCCUUUUAGGUAGAAGCUUUAGGCUCUUAAAUAUUUCUUUCUCUAAAAAUUCUUCUGUUUUAUUCAUGUUAACCUCGUUAUUAUGAUCGCGAAGUUAUAAUUUAUCAAAUACAUUUCUCCCUUAUCAAAGCACGCGAGGUAGGCAUUCGUUAAUUUACAAACAUUUUGCGAUUUCACUGAUGUAAUAAUUUUUGUCACGAGAAUUCAUUGAAGCAUAUACAAGUAUGCCGUGAUUGUAUUGAAUACAUUUGUCGAUGAUUUGUCAUGGAAAAUAUGAAGAAGAUUAUAAUAACCGAAUUACGUGUUAUAUAUAGUAAAGAAAUUGAAUAUAUUUUGCUAAGCAACUAUUACGUGUUCAGUUCUAGAACAAAAUUCGAUCAACAGCAUUAUUUCACAGUCCUGUUACUUUGGAUAUAGUUGGGGAAGAGUGUCAAGAGAGUAUACCACUCCGCUGAUGUAAUAAUUGCUACGGUAGAAUUUAAUAGAUAACGUUCUUAUCUAUAAGAAUUAUUUACGAUUGGUGUUUUUGAUCUAAACCUUCGCCCUGGUAGAAAAGAUAAUCUAUCUUUGAUAACAUUUAAAAUGUAUGCGCUUAACUAUGCUUUUACGAGUUAAAUAAUGGUUAGUAUUAACCUAUGGUUACUCGAUUGUACAUUGUAACCUUUAGUAAAGUCAUGACAUUUAAAACCUUAACGCGCCAGGGUUGGAGUAAAUCACUGGGCCCAAGAAAACUAGGCCUGUAUUUUUAAUAGUGUGCCAUUAUGUAACAAACCUUGUAUCUUCUUAAGAAUUACCGAUUUUUAAACCAGUUACGAUAGCACGUAUUCCAUAUCAAACUGUUUACGUUUUGGUCCUUCGACGUAUUGAGUGAAACGCAAGACGAAGUUAGUUUAAAAAUUCAUCCAAGAUUAAUGAACUGCUUGUAGUUUUUGGAUUUGAGUUUUUACAUUGAGGCCUAUGGCUCUAGAAUUUUUCUGAUUUAUACCGAAUCCGGCUCUGCGUUGUUUAUUAUAAUCCGUGAUUUAGUUAGUAAAUGUCGAUAAAAAAUUCCGCGAGUUGUUUGUUUAAAUAUUUUUCUCUUUUUAUAUGAUUUGGAGUUGAUCCAAAUCGCAUACUGCGACACAAGAUAAAUAGGAUGAUGCGUAAGAAAAUUAUUUACUAACCACGGUCAGACGGAGUUAAAUUCGAUAUUCUCUAAAUGUAAUAUAACUUUUGAUAGCGCUGGUAAAAACACGCGUAUCUAGAGUUAUUUCGUAGGAAAUUUUAGUGUUAGGCGUUCUUGGUAAUCUGGAAGUUCCAAUAACAAAAAUAUCUAUAUUUUUAUAUACAAUUUCCAUAAACUUCUCUGAGUAGCCUUAGAAACCUUGAGAUCGUACGACACCAAAAUUAACAUUGAAGUCGGGUUUCCAUUUGCUAUCGGGAGUUACAGAGAACCAGCGCUGGGGUGGUUACGGCGCGUUCGCAAACACCCCGUGAUAGUUUUUUAUCAGUUGCAUGUCACAACUGAUAAAAAACUUCAGAGUUAAAAGUACUUCGUAAUCUUAUCCACUUAAAACACUUGUAGACAACUUUAUAUAUACAAGUAAUGUAUAGUAACUAUUUCUACUCAUUUGUUUAUCAACGAAAAUAACGAUGCUUAAAAAUAGCUUUAUAGUAAUUAUGAAACACAGAUACGAAUACCAUAAGUAUCAGAGCAAUCACCUAUACAUUAUCAUCGUGUUGAGUGCGCGGGCCAAUAUUUACGCGCGUUAUCACAGAUUAUCAACAAAGCUAAUUGUUCCACGAAGGUCGUAUAUCAAAAUUGCAAUACUUUUUUCUAAUGUUUUUUAUUUUCGUUAUACCUAUAUUUUUUUUAAUUCCUAAAAAUGCCUUUUUAAUUAAAUUGCGUUAGAAUUUAUUUAUUUACUUACUUUGUGUUUAAAAAAUAAUAUUUAAAAGGUAGAGAAAACUGGUUUGUUUGAAACCUGACAGUAAAGCUAAAAUUAAUCAAGUUAAUUUACUUGUACAAUACUCAUCAAUUUCAAAUUCCUAUUUUAGUUGAUUUUACUGAAUAUUUGAUAGUAGGUACUUACUUUUAAUAAAAAAUACAAUGGUAUGGUGACGCAAUGUAAUCUAAGAACAGCUUUUAUUGUGCUCAUUUAAAAUUGAAUAUAAAAUCACUGCCUUAAUUAAGUGUAUGCGUUUAAAUCUAAUCGAAAGUUAUCGUUUUAUUAUUUUAAGUGAACAAAAUUCAGUAUAUUGAUACACACGUUCUAGACGAAAGAGAGAUCAAUACUCUUUCAAAUCAGGAUACAAAAAUUAUGAGGACCACUUUAGACCCCAUAUAUGACAGUGUACAUUGUCAGUGAUUGUCACAGAAACUAUGUUUACUACAACUUUUAUAGUCUAAAUUAAUCCUCUUUUGUUUAUUACUCAAAAUAUAUUACAGCUUAAAUCCUUUAUAAGACACCUUUUAAAAUCACUAUUUAUUAAUUAUGAUGCUUGUCAUAUUAGGAUUAUGUCUACUCUCAAGUUAGUUAUUAAUUAUCCUGUAAAAAAUAUUUAUUCUUAUUCCUAAACAGUCUGUUCGGUGACAUCUAAUGUAAUUAAUGUGCAAAUGUAUAUUUAAGUAUCUGUAUUAAUAUGUAAUCAAAUAUAAAACCUCAGGUAUUUUCAUAGAUACAUUAUUAAGAAUAUGUUGUAAUUAAUAUUCAGUGCAAUAUUUUAUUGAAUAAAAUUGUAUUAUGUAAUAAAAAUAUUGAGACUAGAAUCUAUUGUUACAACUGAAUGUAUUUCUCAAACUUAACUGAUGUUGAUUGAAGUCAAUGCCCCUAUAAUAUGUAUUUUGAGAUUUAAAAAUUUAUUACUUCCUUAAUAUAUUCCUAAGACUGAUUUUUUAUUUUGGGUCCGAGCUACCAAGAUAGUUCUUAUCAUUUUAAAUAACAGCCACAAUGUACAGCGUUGUGGUUAUCUUACAAAACAUACUGAUUUCAAAUUUAUGCCCUAUUAAUUUGAGCUUCCUUUUAUUAGACCAAAUUUAUAUAUAUAUUUAAGUUUUCCUGAGAUAAAAGUCUGCUGUAUACAUUUGUAGACAACGACGCGUGCCAUAUGAAAAUAUUAAAAAGCGUUUAAUUAUAAAAUAUAAAAAUUAGUAAUUUAUCUUUGGUAUAAUAUUUAGUAAUUGGUGCCAAAAUUUGUUUUGGGUGGUGUUGAAAAUGCGUUCAUCAUUUUAAAAGUCUAGUUGUUUAUAUGGAAUGGUGUCUUGCUUUCUCCACACAUGUUCUGCUUAGAUUGUAUCUGGUUACUGAAUUAAAGCAUAUUGUGAACAGUCUUGCAGUAUUCUAAUACUAAAAUAUUUUCAUAUUACUUAUAAAUAUUGCAUGUAUUAUAGUAGAUAAAAUGUAAGUGAUAUGUAAUAAAAUAAGAAAAGUGAUGCUUGUAAAGCUAAAUAAAUAUGCUCACUCUUUUAUGGACGUAUUCUAUAUUUUGUAUUAAUACUUUAACUGUAGAAUUAUAUGUGCAUUUAUAUUGUAAACGAAUUUAUUUUGUGUUUAAA